CUGUGUCAGAGGCUCACAGAAUAUGGGGUUCAUCUUCAUCACGUGUUGCCCGAGAAGAGAUCCCAAACAGGUAUCCUUCUGGGAGUGUGCUCCAAAGGAGUUGUGAUUUUUGAAGUCCACAAUGGUGCCCGCACACCUGUGCUACGAUUCCCGUGGAGAGAAACAAAGAAGAUAUCCUUUAGUAAGAAGAAAAUAACUUUGCAGAACACAUCAGAUGGUAUCAAGCAUGCAUUUCAGACUGACAAUAGUAAGACUUGCCAGUACCUUUUGCAUCUCUGCUCUUCCCAGCAUAAGUUCCAACUACAGAUGAGAACCAGGCAGAGCAACCAAGACACUCAGGACAUUGAAAGGGCUUCAUUUAGGAGCCUAAACCUUCAUGCGGAGUCUGUCAAAGGUUUCAACAUGGGACGAGCCAUCAGCACUGGUAGCCUGGCCAGCAGCACUUUGAACCGACUUGCCGUUAGACCUCUGUCCGUUCAAGCAGAGAUUCUGAAGAGGCUGUCCUGCUCCGAGCUCUCACUCUUUCAACCGCUUCCUGGCCCUUCAAAGGACAAGAAUGAGAAGACUCCAUGGGAGGAAAGACCCAGGGUUAUGAGCAAGUCAUUUCACGAUCUGAGUCAGAGCCACAUCUCGGUUUACCCCCCAAGGAAAAAUGUUACUGCUUUGGACUCUUCCCCCCAAAAAAUAGAAGAGGUAAUGGGCCGAGUCUUUCAGCAAAUGCCAAAAUUUGAUACUGGACCAGCAGCGGGAGCGUUAAAACUGAGCAAUUCAAAAUCUCAUGCAGGUUUAAGUAGAAGCCCUGAAAGAAAGAAAAAUGAAUCCGACUCAUCAUCCAUUGAAGAUACCGGUCAAGCCUAUGUUGUAGGAGUUAGCAUGAAUACUUCCGGAAAUCUUCCAUCAUCGACGCUGUUAAAAGAGAGUGUGGACUCUCUGCAAACACCACAGAGCAGAAUCGCCUCGCCAGAAAGAGAGAUCACUUUGGUGAACUUGAAAAAGGAUGAAAAAUUUGGCUUAGGCUUUCAAAUAGUUGGCGGAGAGAAGACGGGGAAACUUGAUCUGGGAAUUUUCAUUCACUCAGUCACUCCUGGAGGGCCAGCUGAUUUGGAAGGAUCUCUAAAACCAGGACACCGACUAAUCUCUGUGAACAGCACAAGUUUAGAAGGCGUCAGCCACUCUGCAGCGUUAGAAAUUUUGGAGAAUGCACCUGAAGACGUGACACUUGUUAUCUCUCAACCCAAGGACAAGCUGUCCAAAGCAUCAUCUAAUGCUGCACACGUCAGUAAUGGAACCAAGGGUUAUUCAAGGAGGCCGUCAUCGGUGCAGGACAACGAGGCAGAGUCCUCUUCAGAAGAACACAACCGGUCCCAUGGUCACCAGAGGCCUGGCUCAGGGAGUUUGUGUGGUUUGUCAGGAGGCAAGCGAGAGGGAAGCAUGAGCUCCCAGGACUCCAGAACUGAGAGCGCCAGCCUGUCUCAGAGCCAGACAGCCGGCUUCUUUGGCAAACGGGCAAGUGGUAGAGCCCAGCAGGAUCCUCAACAUUACAGUGAUUCCCAGUCUGGGCUUUCUAAAAUGAACGAGAAGAGAAGAUCCUCAUCUGACAGUACUCGAGUGAAAAAUAGAAGGCCUGGAGUAGUGGAGCCUGUGGAAUAUUCUGACCGAGGCGAUUCUGACAUGGAUGAAGCAACUUAUUCCAGCAGUCAGGAGCAACAGCCAGCUAAAAAGGAAUCCUUCUCAGCGAAUACAGCAAACAAAAUGAAUUCUAAAAAGGUUACUGCAACACUUCUUAAACCUGGAGAUAUCUUUGAGGUUGAACUAGCCAAAAAAGAUAACGGCUUGGGAAUAAGUGUCACGGUACUGUUUGACAAGGGUGGUGUAAAUACUAGCAUAAGGCAUGGUGGUAUUUAUGUGAAAGCAAUUAUUCCUAAGGGAGCAGCUGAAGCAGAUGGCAGGAUAGAAAAAGGUGACCGUGUGCUCUCUGUCAAUGGCAUUAGUCUGGAAGGUGCUACCCAUAAGGAGGCCGUUGAAAUGCUGAGAAACACCGGGCAGGUGGUGCAUCUGCUGUUGGAAAAAGGGCAGCUUUCAGUGUCCAAGUUUCACGCUCCGGUAACACCCCAAUGUACGCCUCCAAAUCAGGCGGGGCAAUGCGAGACGCAGGAGAAACCAGCGACAAAAACUACAAAUGCCAAAGAUUACAACUUUGUCACUGCAGAAAACACAUUUGAGGUAAAGCUGUUGAAGAAUAGCUCGGGCCUUGGGUUCAGCUUCUGCCGUGAAGAUAACCUUACCCCAGAGCAACUGGGCUCGACUAUCGUGAGGGUGAAAAAGCUCUUCCCUGGGCAGCCUGCCGCAGAAAGUGGCCAGAUAGAAAUUGGGGACGUCAUUCUGAAAGUGAACGGGGCAUCGCUAAAGGGUUUAUCCCAGCAGGAGGUCAUCUCUGCUCUGAGGGGAACAUCUCCAGAAGUCUCUCUUCUCCUCUGUCGACCACCACCUGGUAUACUGCCGGACAUUGAUCCUUCUUUGCUGACUCCCAUCCAUUCACUCCAACAAGUAUUUCCAGAUGUCAGCAGAGAAGCUUCUGGUCCAUCAAAUGGAGAACAAGGUGACAGCUCAGAUGAAAAUGAAACUCCUGAUCUGAGCGAGAAAAGGCUGACAUCUUCCUCUAGAAGAGACAGCUACAGCAACAGCAGCAGGAGUGGUGAUGAGGAGAUGAUGGACUCGUCAGCACGGGUGGGCCCUGCCUGGAGUUCUACCCUGUGCCAGAGCUCGGAUGAAGCUGUGACACAGACACGUGGUCAGUACGAGGCACACGGUGUUCAGGAGGAGGCUCUUCGCACCGUCUUGUAUUCUGAUCAAGAAGCUCCUAGCAAGUCAGAACUUCAGGACAGUGAUUUGCCAUUGGAUUUGCCAUUGAUCCCAACCUGUAGAACUGUUCCUGAUGUUACCACCUGCGUUUUAAUCAAUGACUGUUACGCUACUGCUGCUUCUGAGCUGACUCCGCACCUGGGAGGAACAGAUUCCUUACUCAGCCAGUUGGAAAAAAAUGCUGAAGAAUAUGAGCCAGAGGUGGAGCUCCAAGUCACCAUGACCAAGUCAGAGAAGGGAAGUCUAGGCUUUACGGUGACCAAAGGUAGCGAUAGUGUUGGCUGCUACAUCCACGACAUCGUUCAGGAUCCUGCCAAAAGCGACGGGAGACUACGACCUGGAGACCGACUUAUCAAAGUGAAUAACAUUGACGUCACGAACAUGAGUCAUACUGAUGCAGUAAACUUUCUCCGCGCUGCCCCAAAGACUGUCAGAUUGGUGUUGGGGCGCGUUUUGGAGUUACCCAAGAUGCCAGUGAUGCCUCAUUUACUGCCUGAUAUUACACUCACGUGCCACGAGGAGCAGCUAGGUUUGUUAUUAUCAGGAGGUCAUGACAGCCUUUACCAAGUUGUGUACGUUAGUGACAUUCACCCCGAAUCAGUUGCUGCCAGAGAGGGGAGUCUCCGUGCCCUAGAUAUUAUCAAUUACAUUAAUGGAGUAAGCACACAGGGAAGGACUCUGAAAGAAGCCAAAAGAAUGCUGGAAACAUCCCUUCCUAAAGUGGUGCUCAAAGCAACCAGAGAUGGUCAUCCAGUACUUCCAAAAUCCAAAAGCACCGAUAGCUCAAACCCAUGGCCAGUGAAAGCUAAUGGCUGUUCCUGUGGUGAUCCCUGUGAUAAAACAGAACAGACAGCUGAUGCUUAUGGGCCCAAGAUAAAUGGCAAUGGCAUCCUAGGACCUUCUCAAGCAAAUACAGAAAACAGCAUCCAUCCCGUGAAAGGACUGAUGAAUCUCUCAGGAUCUGGAGAUGCACUUUCCCUUGGCUUUACCAGUCAAAUAUCAGAUUUUUCUAAACACAUUGACAAAUCAGAAACAGAGGUUGCAGAUGAUGAGUAUUAUGAUGAGGAUGAUCACAAUGAAGUUGUCCAGUAUCUGUUGGAUGUUGUAGAUGAGGAAGCCCAGAACCUCUUAAAUAGUAACAAUAAAACUUCAGAGGCUCAGAGCCUUCUACAUCUCAAGAAGACCACAUCAGAAGAUCACCUGCCAGUAGAAAUGAAUGGAAAGCUGACAGAAGAUAAGUCUGAAGACACAGACUGUGAUGGGUCAUCUUUACCUGAAGAUUUUUCAGAGCCAGCACAUGUCAAUGGUUGUGAAGACUACUGUGAAGUGAAAGCGAUGCCAGAAAGAUCUCCUCCGCAACCUCCCUUGAGCCAAGCAGAUGAAGAUGAAAUCACGUGGGGAAGUGAUGAACUGCCGAUUGAAUCAAUCAGCCAGGAACGUGUCAACAAAGAUUUCCCUUUAGUGACAAGUGAAGAGAUCUCUACAUUCCCUACUGUGACUGUGGUCCCUGGAGGCAAGUACUCAGGAGCCAAAUUGAAGUCAGUGAUCAGAAUGUUGCGUGGAUUGCUGGAACAGGGAGUGCCUUCUAAAGAGAUUGAAAACCUUCAGGAGUUAAAACCUUUGGAUCAGUGUUUGAUUGGACAAGCAAAGGAGAACAGGAAAAAGAACAGAUAUAAAAACAUACUUCCUUAUGAUACCACCAGAGUACCUCUGGGGAACGAAGGUGGGUACAUCAACGCCAGCUUCAUUCGCAUGCCCGUGGGGAACGAAGAGUUCGUUUACAUUGCGUGUCAAGGACCUCUCCCUACUACUGUAGCAGAUUUCUGGCAAAUGGUUUGGGAGCAAAACUGUACUGUGAUUGCCAUGAUGACUCAGGAGGUUGAAGGAGAAAAGAUCAAAUGCCAGCGUUACUGGCCAGAUGUACUCAAUAAAACCACCAUGAUAACGGAUAGACUCCGGCUGGCUCUUGUAAGACUCCAGCAGCUGAAGGGCUUUAUUGUUAGAGUGCUGCAGCUGGAAGAGAUUCAGACAGGUGAAGUACGGCACAUUUCCCAUCUGAACUUCAUCGCCUGGCCUGACCAUGACACCCCUUCUCAACCAGAUGACCUGCUUACUUUUAUCUCCUACAUGCGACGUGUCCACAAAUCGGGUCCUAUCGUAACUCACUGCAGUGCAGGCAUCGGACGGUCGGGGACCCUGAUUUGUAUAGACGUUGUUCUGGGGUUAAUCAGCAGAGACCUCGAUUUUGACAUCUCGGACCUGGUGCGCACGAUGCGGCUGCAGCGGCACGGGAUGGUUCAGACGGAGGAUCAGUACAUUUUCUGCUAUCAAGUUGUCCUUUAUGUGCUGAACUACCUCCAACAUCAAGAACAACAGAGAGGCAAAUAA